GUACACUGAAACCAAAUUGAAAAGGACUUUUUUAUUACAUCCUUUUUUAUACGUAUAGUGUAUAAGUUUAGCCGAUUGGACAAUGUCGAGUCCCACAUUGCAGAAGGAUACAAAUAGGCGGAUGGUGAAAUUCCAAAUUGGAGACGGUUUUGACAACAGCCCCCCGAAAACACAUCGAAACCAGAGUCACCUGCUCAUCCAAAAUGGGGAAAACUCGAUGGCCAAUCUCCCGACAACCAAUCGAAACCAAAAACAGGAGCAGCCAAAGGAGGAAGAGAACGAGGAUUACCGGCAACUGCAGAAGGUCUUCCAAAAGCUGGAAAUGUCUGACCAGAUAGUCCUUUAUCGCGCCUACCGCCUCCUUCCCGCCGCCUGCUCCGCCCUUUGGCGCUCCACCCGCAAACGCCUGGACUUCCGAACGCUCCACAAGGAGCUCGACGUGGAGGCCCAGAACCAUCUGCUCAUCCACAUGAUGGAGCACUUCAAGUACGUUUACUUUGUCGCCGAUAAGCUGCAGGAUAACCUCAAUGCUUUGGAGCGAGCAGGAGUCAAGUCACUUAAUUCCGUUCAACGGUGUGAACUCUUAUUGGAUGAGGGAACCAAAUCGGAGGCCAGGAACCAACAUCACCCAGCUGGAGGAGAUUCCUGUGGAGUAAAGGUAAUGGCCCAGUGGCCUCUGCAUGCCUUGCCCAAACUUAUGAGAAAUGUGCGUCGUCUAAAGGCCCAUUGCAACAUCCAAGUGCACUUCAUCGAGCACUUCGAGCAUCUGGAACUUCUGGUUCUCUAUGCAACCAUAUCGCAAACCGCUUUAACAGGAGUCCUGGAGAAAUGUCAAAAGUUGUCCCGGUUGUUCCUGAAAUUCGAUUCCGAUACCUUGAGCUUAAAAUCUAUUGAUAAGUGUCUCAAGCUAAGAGAUUUCUCACUUUCCAUCGGACUCUUUGCUCAGCAAAGAGAAUUGGUUAUAAAACUAACUAAACUUCGUCUGCUGGAAUUAACCCACUGCCAGAAAGAUAUUCAACUAACUUUGGAAUGCCUAGAUUUUGUAUUAUCCAACCGCUUAGAAUCUGUAGAGUUGCUCCAACUAGAUUGCAGUGGCUUUCAGGAUCCCAGUUGGAUGAAGGAAGUGGGUUUGGAUAGGUGUUCCCAGAUGCGAGCAUUGGUUCUAUUUAACUGCAAAUUCUGCGAUCGCGAGAUCAGCCAAUUGGCUUUACCGAGGGUUCAAAAAUAUAUAGCCCUUAAUAGCUGCCACGAUAUCAAGGAAUAUCAGGUGUUGGAUAUGGUUAGACGGUGUCCCGGUCUUCAGGAGAUCUAUUUGAUUGAUUGCCCCCAAUUGAGCUGGAAGGUCCUGCAGGGAAUUUACCGAAUCCGCAAAAGUGAAAAUCUCAAUUACCCAAUCACAGUGAUUGUUAGUCAGUGUACAGAACUCAGGGAGGUCUAUCAGAAAAUGUACUCCAACUACUGGUGCUUUAAGUUGGCCUAUCUGAAAAUUGAGCAAGUCCAAACUGAUAAUCGACCCAUUGAGAAUAUCCAAGUAUUUUUCAACAACAGUCCCUAAUACAAAGCAUUGUAGAUUUCUUCAAUUGUUGCACAAAGGAACAUUUAAAUAUAUAUUGAUUAACUUUCAU